CGGGCUACACCAGACAUGGUGACAGGGCCAGGGAAAACUCGGGCUACACCAGACAUGGUGACAGAGCCAGGGAAAACUCGGGCUACCGGACUGCCAUUUGUUACUGGAAUGAAGUCUGGAAAUGACCUUUCCAGCCUUCCUAUGAGAUGAUGCUGAAUUUCUACGGAUACUACAAACAAGCAACAGAAGGGCCAUGCACAAAACCUAAACCUUGGGCAUGGGAUGUCGUCGCCAAGAAAAAAUGGGAUUCUUGGACCAAGCUAGGUGACAUGGAUCGUGAACAGGCCAUGACCAGCUAUGUAGAGGAGCUCAAGAAGAGUAUCAAAAUAUGCACAGAAAAAUUGCGUCAAAUGAAUGAGAAUGGCGAUAAAGGGAUAGUGGAAACUAUGCCUCAGGAUCAGGUGGUCAGGGACUUUAUGGUCAAACUAGGAGAUUUUUACGAAGUUGUUGACGAGAAGAUGCCAACAUCACAAGAUGUUGCGUUGGAAGGUGGUCAGGAGAACCUUGACCUUGACCACUCUAUGCGUGUUGACAUUGCACAUCAACUGGAGGAGAAUGACCCAGAAGUGGAGAGUCCAGAGGACCUUAGAUCAGAGGAACUAGAGGAACGUCUCAGGAGAAAUGAGGCACUCGCUGACCAGAUCCUGCAGUUAACAGAUGAAUCAUCACCACUAUUGACCAAUGGUAUGGAGGCAGAGUCCACCAACAGUGGUCAAGGGGACAGUGAGAGUGAGGAGGAGUUCUGUGAUACAUCGGACCAUCCUUCACAGGACUCGGAGUCACCACCUCGUGAAAUCGAGGAAUUGAUGUCAGGUGAAACAGUCAGUGGUCAGAUGUCCACACCAAUCAAGUCAAACAAGACAGGAAACCACGUCCAUUUCAACAAUAGUAUGACAGUUCAUUCUGGACACCAAAUCACCCAACAGGUCAUGUCACCAAUAUCCAAAUCAAACCUUAACACAAACGAACAGUUAAACAUUCCAGCGUCUUUUCCAUUCCAUGGUGUAAAUAGUAACACAAGACAAUUAUCUGAGAGCAUGUUGACACAUGGUGCUUCACCAGACUCACAGAAUGUCUCCAUGGAGAGUGUGCCAGAUGGUAACUACCAGGACAGGUCGACAAGUUCAUUGGAGGAUUCAUCAUCUGGACAGGCAGAAAACAUUGGUGAUCGUGACCAUUUUAAAACAGCAGGAAGUAAAGUUCAGGGGAGACCACUCUUGAGGAAUCAUUCACAGCAGACCGGAACAGGGACCAGAACAGGUUUGUUUAUGGCCCAGGGUGGGGCAGGUGAGCCUAUACCCAGAGCGUCUAGCAGUGGCAGACGUGGCGAGGACAAGCCUCAGUCUGGAAAGGAGGGUAACGACCAGCUGGCAGUAACACUGAUGCGACUACAACAAGAUAUGAACAGAGUGCUGGCACGACUGGACAGUGUAGAGUCUGCAGUGCUGCAAAACAGAUCACAGGGUGACCAGAAAGUACAAGGAUCGAUAUGGAAUUCAAAAUGGUGGCCGUUUCCUUCGUUGACGGGGAGGACAUUCUUUUUUGUGUUUGUUUGGCCAUUUGUUGUUCACUGGUUGUUGACAAGGAUGUUCAGGAGACGAAGGCAAAACCGAUAAGGAAGAUUUUACAGAAUCAAAACCGAUAUUGUGCCAAAUUCUGAAUCAUAACCUUUGAUGGGACAACACAAAUCAGCAGUACUGACUGGAUAUCCCAUGAGUCCAAUUCGUGUAUGAGAGAACUGUCUGAGCACUAUCUAGCCUGUCUGCUAUCCUGUAUGGAACAAUGCUAAGUACCACAGAUGGAUUUGUGUUAUCUCACCGAUGUAUAUAACCAGUAAUUCUGUUUUAUUAUCAGAUAAUGAUUUCUAUCUCUAUUUGAAUUGUGGAAUAGGUUCCAUCCAAAGAAAUGCUGAAAACUUAUAUGAUUUGGAUUUUGGAAUAUCAAUUAAUUCAUUAAUGACAAUUCAGUACUCACUUGUUAGCUUGAUAAUCAGUCCAUUAAAUUUUUAUUUUGCAGAGGUUUAAUUGAGGGAUGGAAGAUAAUAAUAACAUAUGCAUAUGUGGUGGUUAUAUGUGGUGGUUUAAAACAUUCUCACUUUUUGAGAUCAUCCAUGUAAAAGUUAUAUACUGUACCUAAUUUUACUCCAGAAUGUUUGAUCUCUAAAAAAUUAAAAUGUCAGAAAGUCAUUUUGUUCUCAUAGGUAUGUGCUCAAUUAUAUAAAUGUGAGUUGUUCUUACCGUUUGUUUAACCAAUUGGAAUACUUGUUUAGUAAACAUAUCUUUGAAUCAGUUGUUGAAUAUUUCAUGAUUUGGUGAUAUUAGAUGAUUUAUUGCAUUUGUAUGGUAUCUUAUACAGAGGUAUUUCUUCUGCUUAGGUUAAAUGUUGAUAACAAGUCUGUACAGUGUACAGUUGUUCUGCUAUCAUUGUGAAGGGCAUGUUUAAUAAAUUGGUUGUUUUAAAGUCUGGUCAGAUAAUCAAAGGAAUCCCAAACUUAUGUUCAAUUAAAGGAAUCCCGAACUUAUGUUGAUAGACCUUGUUUUAUCAAUGUUUGAUAUUUGAUGUUAACACUAGUCCAUGUACUGUCAUAUUAUCAAACAUCUUAUAUGGAGAUGUCACCCUCUUCAAAUGAUGGUGAAUUUCCUGAGCAUAAUAAUGUUUCUCUUUUAAACCAUUGUUAAACCUAUGUGUAUUACCAAACUUUGUAGUACACAAUGCAACACAUAUAAAUGUUUUAUCUAAUCGGUCAAUAUUUGUUUGUGUUGCCCUGUCCAACUCUGAUCCAUUCCAGCCAUUGAAAUACUUGCAUUAGUGUUCAUUUCAAGAUAGUUUUGUAGGUAUCUGUGAUAUAUAUUUUGUGUAAAUCAGCAUUUUGUUUGUGGGUUCAUUGAUUGUUAAUUAAUUUGUUUUUGUGAGAUAUUUAUCAUUGAUGAACUAAGUUGAGGUGAAUAUGUGGUUAUAUCAACCUGAAAACGACACAUUAACUACAAGAGUUUUAGGUUUACAUGACUACUGAUGAACUGUGAAAAUGACAUUCAGUCUUGAAUAGUGUUACAUUUUGUAUUUAAAUGAUAAAGUUCUUUUUCUUUUAAAAGGUGGCAUAUCAAAAUUAUCAAUGAAAAAAUGUACCACAUUUGAUAGAUUAUAUUGUGACUGAAGGGAUUCAUGUACAUAUAUAUCUUAUGUUGUUUGUCAAGUUCUCAUUAGGAUAGAGUAUUAUUAAAAUUGUUCAGAUGUUACAUGCAGCAAUGAACUAUUGAAAAUAAAAGAUUUGUGUUGCAAGAAAGUUUGAUGAUGAAAAUAUGCUUUGCUUUCUUUUCAUUUUGAUGGAAUCUGAUUAUCCCUUCUGAUGACCUACAUAUUGUGUGAAGGUAGGGGUUGUUACAAUGAUACUCUUUCUGUACAAUCCUGAAGUGUGAGUGAACUACCGUGUGAUUGAUAGGUGUUUUAAGUGUAUCAGAAAUGUCAAAAGAUGGGUCAAAUUAUCUUUAUUUUAUCCACCAAUUUGCUUGUAUGUUGUUGGAAAUUCUAAGAAUAAAUGAGAUUAUUUUGUAUGAUUAACUUAUUUGAGUAUUGGGUGAUUUGACAUUAAGGCAAUGUUGAGAAUGCUUGUAUAAUGAAAGAUCAUGGUGGUGAGUUAAUUACAAUGAACAUUUCUGUCUGCAGGUUCAAUAAAGGAACUAUUUUAA